AUGAAGCUUCUUUUUGAGUUGGACGUCAGUAACAAUCGCUUCUUAGGGGAAUUUCCUCAAGUGGUUCUGUCAUUGCCUCAACUGAAAUUCUUGGACCUCAGGUUCACCGAAUUCGAGGGACCUGUCCCCACUAGGCUUUUCGACAAACCCCUAGACGCCAUUUUCACGAACGACAACAGAUUUCAGUUUGGAAUACCAGAAAAUCUUGGAAAUUCUCCGGUUUCUGUUUUGGUAUUGGCUAACAAUAAUCUUGGGGGUUGCAUUCCAGGCAGCAUUGGAAAAAUGGAUAAAACUUUGAAUGAAGUGAUUUUGAUGAAUGAUAAUCUAACUGGUUGUUUGCCUCCAGAGAUUGGGAUGCUGAAGAAAUUGACAGUAUUUGAUGUUAGUUCCAAUAAUCUCCAAGGGCCAUUGCCUUCGGUUAUUAGCCGUAUGAGGAGCUUGGAACAGCUAGAUGUGGAGCACAACCGCUUCAAUGGAGAGGUGCCCGCCACCGUGUGCCGCCUUCCCCAGCUGCUCAACUUUACUUACUCAUUCAAUUACUUCACUAAGGAGGCUCCGGAAUGCAUUAAAUUUGGUGGAGGGACAGUGUCCGAUGGGCGUAUCGGGGAAGAGUGA